CCCCACCAUCCUUAAUCUGCAGUCGAUUUGCGGUCAGCGGCAGUUUCUAAGCGAAAAACAGGACUCCACCACGCCUCGCCCUGAACAUCGCUGGACACGGACUGGACCACCACCAAAAGAGGUCACCUCCAACGGACCUACUUACUCCACCACCAGUGGUCGCCAGCGAGUGGUUGCGUAGGUAGUCGCGCGCACUUGACCUGCCGUCCAUCGCGACUCGCGACAAUCACCCUCCUGUAACUGAAAAAGAUGGCCGACGAAGGAGUCGCCAACCACUACCAAGUGCUGGAAGAACUUGGCCGAGGCAGUUUUGGCGUCGUUUACAAGGGAAUUGACAAGACCACGGGCGAAACAGUGGCCAUCAAGCAUAUUGACCUCGAAUCCAGCGAGGAUGAUAUCCAGGAAAUUCAACAAGAGAUCUCGGUGCUCAGCACAUGCGCCAGCUCUUACGUCACCCAAUACAAGGCGAGCUUCUUGCGCGGCCACAAGCUAUGGAUCGUGAUGGAAUUUCUCGGGGGAGGUUCCUGUUUGGACCUCGUAAGUCUGGUCCCUUUGCUAUUGCUGUCGCAUACCAUGUCUCUUUUCCCUGCUUGCUAAACAAGAUUGUGUGCGCCAGCUCAAACCGGGAAACUUUAGCGAAGUACACAUCGCCAUCGUCUGCCGCGAACUCCUCCUCGGCCUCGAUUACCUACACUCCGAAGGAAAAAUCCAUCGCGACAUCAAAGCCGCCAAUGUCCUGCUCUCGGAAGCCGGAAAGGUCAAGCUCGCUGAUUUUGGCGUUGCAGCGCAGUUGACACAUAUGAAGUCUCAACGCAAUACCUUUGUCGGCACCCCGUUCUGGAUGGCCCCCGAGGUCAUCCAGCAGGCUGGCUACGACUUCAAGGCCGACAUCUGGUCGCUCGGUAUCACUGCCAUCGAACUGGCUGUCGGCGAGCCUCCAUAUGCGAAUAUCCACCCGAUGAAGGUCCUUUUUCAGAUUCCCAAAAACCCACCACCACGACUGGAGGGCAAGUUCAGCAGAGAGUUCAAGGACUUUGUCGCUCAUUGUCUGAUCAAAGACCCUGCCCAGCGCCCGACAGCUAGAGACCUACUCAGGCAUCGAUUUAUCCGCACAGCUGGAAGGGUCGAGGCGCUGCAGGAACUGAUCGAGCGCAAGCAGAUGUGGGACGCCAAGCAGGACCGCGUCAAGCUUCCCGUCUUUUACCAGGAAACCCUUCACACCAUGAGCCCCAAGGACGAUGAUGACGAGUGGGUGUUUGAUACGAUCAAGUCGGUUGCGCUACCCAAGAACCUUUUGAACGUCAGCACUACUCCCACAAAAUCCAGGGAUCCAUCAAGGGUUCGGGAGACUGAAGAAGGCAUGCGAAGAAUGGAAGUCAGAGAUGGUCCCCUGCAGCCCUCUACCCCUCAGACGGUAAGGAAAGCAACAGUACGGCGACAGCCAUCGGCCGCGGCCGCCCACCAGCAACGGCGACUUUCCACCUCGACUGGCUCACCACGCCCACCUGUCGCAGCAGCAAAGAGGCCCCUUCAGACGGAUAUGUCCUUCGGCAACUCGGGUUCGACGAUGCGACUCUUUCGUCGUGUACCUUGUGAGCACGAGGGUCCAAAAAUUCACCAGGAACAGCCCCAAGAGGUGGUCAAUGACGAGAACCGACCUCCCUCCGCGAUGCAGGCGCCUAUCGAGCCCACUAGCAAGGAAGCACUGCUCGGUCGUCGCCUUUAUCACAAGGCCAUUGAGCCUGCUCUCGACGAGCUUCAUGCGCAAACCGGUCCAUCAACCAAGCGUGAGGCCCUGGCUAAUCUGUCCGAUGCCUUUGCCCACCUCGACUCGGUGGACCCUGAAGGAGCCUAUCACCUUCUCAGACACCUCCUUUGCUCAAUAUCACAGGAUAACCGGCUCAGUGCAGCACUACUGAACGCCAGCAAGAUCUCGCCCGGUCAGCACCUUCAUAGAAAAUCUGUAGACGGCACACCGCAGAGCAAGAAUCGCGACCUCAGCCAACGGCCAUCGACAUCAGCCGGUGUCACUCAAAACCACAAUAUCCCACAGACUCCAUCGCGCUCCCCACAGAAGCCGAUGCUUUCUGCUAGUCCGACAAAACUGAUAACCAGCCAGCUGAACACGCCCUUGGCCAGCCCUAGACCAAGGCGGGAGAGUGUCGUAGCAGCGCCCAUGUCCACACCGAAGCCCACCGCAGAAAGGACGAGUAGCAAUAGCAGCAGCAGCAGCAGCAGCAGCAGCAGGCCGUCUUCCGUAAUGGCAACAGCCCCAGGAACCCCUAUUAAGCAAAUACAGCAGCCUCAACUAAUACAAUCAACCCCCUCACCUCAAAAGAAGGAGCCCCAGCUCUUGCAGCAACAUUCCGCCCCGUUACUUCAAAAAAAGGAAAACCCGCCGUCCCUUCAACAACAACUCUCGCACCCGGUCCUCCAGCAAGAGAAGCAGCGAAGAGAAACCAGCUCGCAACAGCUUGCCCAGCAGCUACAACAGCAACAGCAGGCCCAGUUACAGCAAGCCGCCCACAGACGAAAGGAGUCUUCCAACUCGUCCUCUCAUCAACUUCCACCACCCCAGCACCAUCAACGAAGAGAGUCAUCGCAGUCGUCCCAUGCCAGCAGCCGAUCCCCCGAGAAGCAGGAGCGCGUAAGGGAGAGCAGCAGCAGAGAGCUGCGCGAGCGGGCGGUGCUCGAGGCAAAGUACCCGGGCCAGCCGGCGGUGGCGGGCAUGGAGCACUGCAAGGCACUGUCGGAUUUGCUGUAUGCGAGGUGGACGGAUGGAUUGCAGCAUCGGUGGGGACCCGUUGCGGGAUCUUAGUGAGGCGAUGAAAAGGCCUGGGUCGGGAAGUGAAGAGAGGUGAAGAGGAGGUAAAGAGGCGAGCAAAACGACCAUUAAGAGUGCGCAAAGCCAAACACUCGGCUCAAGAUGAGGGGAAGAGCAGAGGAAAG